AUGGGAGAGUUCGACAAUUUGUUUUCUUGCUCUGGUCUCUUGUGUCAAGAAACUGAAGAAGCUUGUUUUUCUGAAAUCGAAGGAGAAGAUGAUGAAAGUAUUUAUUUGAAAUAUUAUAAGUCAUGUUUUGUUUUAGAGACUGAAGAUGAGUAUAUUGAGAAGAUGAUACAGAGAGAAACUGAUGUGGUAUUCAAAACUAACGUAUGUUUUAGUGAUUGUCCAACUGCCAGUAAAAGUUGGCUGGAAUGUGCUCGCUUGGAUGCUAUUGAAUGGAUUUUCAAUACAAGAACAACCUUUGGAUUCCAAAUUCAUACGGCUUACCUGUCUGUCACCUAUUUUGAUCUCUUUCUUUCAAAGAGAUCCAUUGAUGAAGGGAAGUUGUGGGCCAUUCAAUUGUUAUCCAUAGCAUGUUUAUCAUUGGCAGCAAAAAUGGAGGAAUGCAGAGUACCUGCUUUAUCAGAAUUUCCUAUACAAGAUUAUCAAUUUGAGAAUAAAGUGAUUCAAAGAAUGGAGCUAUUGGUACUUAGUACAUUGGAGUGGAAGAUGGGUUCUAUCACACCUUUUCCUUAUUUGCAUUACUUCAUCAGUAAAUUUUACGGUGAAUCUAGGUUUAAAGAAUUAGUCUCCAAAGCUCUGGAGCUUAUCUUGGCUAUGAUAAAAGAAACCCGUUUGGUGGAUCAUCGACCAUCGAUUAUUGCUGCGGCUGCAGUGUUGGCUGCUUCUGAUGGUCGAUUAACAAGACAAGCAAUGGAGCUCAAGAUGGAUUUCGUUUCAUAUUGGGGAUCUGUAGAAAAUGAACGAAUAUUUGCCUGCUAUAAUAUGAUGCAGGAAAUAGAGAUGAGAAAAUCCAAGACACCAAAGUUUGUUAUUUCCUCAAAUUAUUCUUCGGUACAUUAUAACUCAAUUCGUGCUCCUGAGAAUUCUUCUGCUGUCACUACUGGAGCUGGCACCAAGAGAAAACUUACAUUCAAUGAGUCUGAUCAAAAUAGCCGGGCAAAGAAAAUCUGUCGGCCAUAAUGAAUGGAGUUUGAUAUUCUUUUUGUGAUAGGAUUUGGGUUUAUUGAUUGGAUUAUUUUGACAGAAAAAAAAUUGGUUCUUGCAAUUUGAUUUGCUUAUAGGUCUAAUGAGUGUUUUCUGCCAUUUCAUUAUGAUUUGGUGUUGAUGAUUGGGAGAUUCCAUUUUCCAAUAACAAACAAAAGUUUUUAGCCUGUGACAACCAAGAAGAUAGAGAAAAAGGGAAAGUAGAUAAAUAAAAAGGGAUAGCUUUAGCCUACUGUAAGAAGUAUGAAGCCCACUGAGAGUCCAAACGCCAUUGAGGAGGAAGAGAUGAUAAGAGAAUGCCAGAAGGAAAUGAAGACCAUUUGUUUAUAUUUGUUUCCUGUACUGUUUGAUUUGAAGAAUGCUAGUGUUUCUUACCCACUGUU